AUUUUAAUUGUCCAUAAUGGGCCAAACUGAAGAUUUGUCCAAUUUCGAUAAGAAGGAUGCAAAUCAACAACCUCCCAAAAGGCGUCGGAGAAGGGAGGGUAAAUGGGACACUAUUGAAGAUACCGUUUCUCUAACUGAAUUAAAGGCCAAAACUUCAGAAGAGGAGGCCAAAAAACGGCAAAAGAGACUCUAUGUAGGAAAUCUGCCGUCAGGAACAAAAUUGCAAGAUGUGGUGGAUUUUUUUAAUGGAGCCUUGAUGGCUAUGGUUCCUGGAAACACCAUUGAUCCCAGGGACCCUCUAGUGACAAAAACCGAGAUUUAUAACCCUGACCAAGGUUACUGUUUCCUGGAGUUUAAGACUCCGGAACUGGCGGAUUUGGCCUUUAAAUUGGAUGGUAUAACAUGUAAUGGGUAUUCUUUAAAGCUAAGGAGGCCUUUGGACUUUAAUUUGGGCACGAAUUCAGAUGACACAAAGGUAUUUGUCCAGAACAUACCUCUGGAUGUUACUGAGGAUCAGAUGAAGGAGUUACUUGAAAAGCACGGAAAGCUUAAGUUGGCUAACCUUUUGAAAGACCCUGCAACUGGAGUUAGUAAAGGUUAUGGAUUUUUUGAGUUUGAGGAUGCUAGAAGUUCUAAACUUGCUGUUUUACACCUUAACGGGUCUGUUUUGGGUAAAAAUGUACUGAGUGUCAAACAUGCUGCUUUCGGGUAUUUUGCCUCUGGAGGGAAGCCGAUUGAUUGUAAGGCGUCAAAUUUGCCGAAUUCAAUAACUCAGUCUAUUCUAAGUAAUCCCCUCCUGGGGUUACAGUUACAGAACGGUAGGAGGAUUGGAUCAAACCCUUCAAAGGUGAUUCAACUCCUCAAUAUGGUUUUCCACGAGGAUUUAAUAAGUGAUUACAACUACAACGAGAUAGUGAGACUUGUAAAGGAGGAGGCUCAAAAAUAUGGCCCCUUACAGGAGGUUGUUAUUCCCAGGCCUGAUAAGGAUUUGACCUUUAAGGAAGGUGUUGGGAAGGUUUUUAUAAGAUAUGAAGAUUUAUUAUCUGCCAGAAAGGCUCAAUACAUGUUCAAUGGGAGAGUUUUUGAUAAAAACAGAAUUGUUUGUUCCGCUUUCUUCCCGGAAGAUUUAUUCAUUACAGGAAAAUACACUCUUAUCUAAUUUGUU